AUGGAUCAGGUAAAAACAGAAGCUGCUUGUCUACCAGCUGGUAGGUAUGAAUUUAAAGACUCUGGAUUAUAUAUUGGUGAAUGGUUGAAUGAGAAAGCUGUUGGACUUGGCUUGAUCACAAAGGAUAAAUGUCAAGGCGAAUAUACUGGCCUAUGGGAUUCAGGUUCUGAGAAAAGUGGUGUUUUCUUAUGGCCUAACGCACCUGGUGCUAUGUAUGAAGGUGAAUGGGCACAUAAUCGGCGUAAUGGGUAUGGGAUAUUUACUAGAGAAGACUGGGUGAUUAUGGGACGUUUUAAGGAUGACUUUAUUACACUUGGAAUAAAAUGUAAAGAGAAUUCAAUUGGGCGGUUUGAAGGGGAAUUUGAAAAUGGUUUUCCAAGGUUUGGUGUUGAAACGUAUGCUGAUGGAGGAAGUUAUGCUGGUGAAUAUAAGAAUGGUGUUCGUGAAGGACUUGGUGUGCGUAAAUCAAUACCCUAUGGCGAAGUGAUAAAUUUUUUUCCUGAAGAAGCUGCAAUAGCCGCUGAAAUAGCAUUGGAUAUUAAAAAACGUGCAGCAUUACAAAGUCUGUUGGAUUCAAAUCAACACAGUCAUCAUCAUCAUCAAACUACUAAUAAUAAUAAUAGUGGAACACGUCGUGGAAGUCUACUUAGUCAAAGAUCAGGUGAUGCAGCCGAAUUGGAAGAUCCAGAAUUAAGUGGACAAGAUGAUAAUGAAGAGGAACCAUAUUUAGGCAGACAUCCAAAUCCUUUAGCUGGUCAUAAUAAUAAAGAUUUUAGAGAUUUACGUAUGUCAUGUAAAUUCAAGUGUGGUUUUGUCCUCUCUUCUCAACGUAGUGAACUUAUGUUAAGACGUCAACAAAAGUUGAAUCAUAGUGGAAGUGGAUCAUUGAUAAGAAGUAAAAAAGAAGCUGGACGUCGUGCAAGAUCUUUAACAAAUCUUUUUAAUCGAUCGUUAAGUAAAGAGUCAAUAGCUUGCGUUAGACGUCAAGGUAGUAUAACUGAACGUUCAGCACGUGCAAUAAUCAAAGCACAACAAACACCGGAAUCUGUUUUCACUUUGGAUCAGGUAGAUGCAAUCGAUCCUGAGACAGUUGAAACAUUUUCUGGUCAAUGGGAAGCUGAUUCACGUCAUGGCUAUGGUGUAUGUGAACGAUCAGAUGGUGUAGUCUAUGAAGGCCAAUGGGUUAGAAAUCAGAGACAUGGUUAUGGCCAGACACAUUUUCCAGAUGGUGCUUGUGAGCAAGGAAGAUAUCAGAAUGGAAAAUUGGUAUUUCUGUCAUGGCCUAAAGGAGCUAAACCUUAUUUAAUGUUAUACAAUUAUCAUAUUAUGCGUGAAGUGGCCAAUGCUGUGAAACGUGCUAGAAACAUAGCUGAAGAUGCUCAAUUUAAAGCAAAUGAAGCUACAGAAAAUUUAGCUAAAGUAGAGAAUGCUGUCCAACUGUCUAAAAAGGCAGCAGAAUUAGCUAGAGACUAUUCUUUGGAGACACGUGAACUGGUCAAAGAAAUGUAUCCAGAAUUUGAACAACCAGGUUUAAAGUAUCUUGAAGAUAUGGUACGCCUUAUGAAAGUUACUAAACGAGGCAACCAGGCAUUUGAUACUGCACUUCAAGCUGCUAAAUAUGUUGUAGCAGGUGUAGAGGCUAAUCUAGCUGAACAAGCAGAACAUCAAAAUCAACAACAAGAAGGUGAUGAUCAAAAUCAUUCACCUAUGAACUUAGAUAUGUUACCUCCACCACCACCUAGUAGUACUACUACUCCAGUAUCUAGAGCUGGAUCAUAUCGAAUGAAACGUCAUGGUAAAAAUACAUCAGGCAAGCAGAAACAUCCAAAGGAUAAGUUGCAUUCAGUUGAGAUGAAAAAUAUUGAGUAUUCUGCUGAUAAUAAUACUAGUGGACCAUUAACCCUACAAGUACCUCAACUAAAUUGUAGAAAUGUUGAUUCUUUAUUCAAUGAUGAAAAUAAUUUAAAUUCUGUACAAAAUUAUUAA